AUGGAGCGGUCUCCGAUUUCCAUUGUAUUAUUAGUGCUCGUCACCAGUUUGAUGUUGGCGAAUGGCGUCGCUUCAAAUGAGGACAGCCUUUCGCAAGGGCACCGUGGACCAGCGACUUUUCCAUCGGUGGAGAACGACGGAAUUGAGAGUACAUCCACGAACGAACCGCUUUCGGCCUACGAGCUCCGGCGCCAGCAACUCCUGGAGCAUCCGGACAGCUUUAAAGAGGAAGAUCUGAAGCCUCUGCGAGAGACACAUAUUAACGUUCUGCACGAAGCCAUCGAUGCUAAGCUGAUUGAUCAGAGCUUCAUUCGCACACUUGGUGCCGUUUCAGAACCACCGAAAGUCCACGGUGCAACUCGGGACACUCUCUCCAUUCGCUCGAUAGUGGAGGAUGUAAACUUCACGCUUGGCGAGCGAGUCGUGCGUUGGAAAACGAUGAGCUCGAUCAACGUCGAUCGACACAUCGUUGUGGGCUUAAGUGCGACUAGUUUGGUGGUUUUACUGGAACAGGAUGGCCAAUACAGGCUCGGUCAGGAGUUGAUGCUAGAAUCACCACCGAUCGCGUUCGAAGUGCUAACGUUCUGGGACACGGAACAGGCGUCCGCCGUCGGGUGCGUUGUAGUUUCGAUGGGUAAUUUUCUCGUUUGGUUUACGAUGCGCGAACAGUCGGAUUACGCAUUACAAGAGGAAUGGCGCUGGCCGUUGCACAAGACGAUCACACAGAUUAAGUUUUUCCGCCAGAAAGAGGUCGAUGCGGUGCUGCUGGUAGGGUUGCACCCAAACCGUAACGAGUCUGUAUCGGCGACUGUGUAUGAGUUUUCUUUCAACGAUCGCCAGUUUUGGUUAAUGCAAAAGAUUGGCCUCAAAUACCCAUGUCCGUCCGUAGGGUUGGUACAGGCUGGUGAUGAGUACUUGGUUGCGUUCCCACAAAAUGUCACCGUGGAAAUCUACACCUUCCGUGUUGGGGAUCAGAACCGCCGAAAGUUCAAGCAGGUGGGAAAUUACAGCUCGGAAGCUCUCCGAUCGGUGUAUGCGUUCCAGAUUGGGCGCUACUCGUAUAUCGCAAUAAGCGGUAAAUCUCCGACCGUGCUGCGGUACAAACGAGGCAAGUUCUACGAGCAGAAAAUUCCAACCGAAUCGCUGGAAAUAGUGGAAGCCUUCUUCGAGAUUCCGGCUCGAACAUUCCGGGAUGAUAUGAUUCUGCUGGUGCAGCAUCGGAUGAUUUUUGCGACCCACGAAAUCCAGCGCCUCGAAGCGCUCGUAUGGAACGGCGUAUCAUUUGAUCUGGCCACUAACAUACCGUGCAUGGUCGAGAAUGAAGUGAUCGACAACGAGGUGAGUUGCAUGUUGGAUGUCGACCGGACGGAUGGUCUGUUCGGGGCGACGAUCGCACAGCGCGGAAAAUUCAUCUCAAUUAUAGUGCCUCGUCACGAAGCGCACUCAAGUUUGUACCACCUCUCGAUCGAACUGCUCUCCGGCGAGCAUCCCAUCCUGAUGAAAAUUCAAGAGAUCAAGGAGACGAUGGAUGCUUUCACAAAAAUUAUCGACUAUCAAAACGCGGUGAUUGAUCAGGCGCAAUCGUACAUCGCGCUAAUGGAAAGCGAUCCGGUGGUAAUGAAGCAGCAAAAACUGCAAACGGUAGAUACUCAGCAGCUACGGCUCGCAGAUGACUACAAUUUAUCAGGGACCACGAUCAAGAUCGGUCACAACACAUGGCGAGAGGCCGACUUUCAGAUCGAUCUGCAUGCGUCCGUGCAAAUGGUUCAGGACAUCGAGCAAAGCGUUGAUGCGAUGGUAGCCGAGCUACAGCACAGUGUGCGUCGGGAUGCUCGUUCUCAUAAUUUGCACAUCAACGGUACUGUGCAUGUGACGGGCAAGCUGUACGUGGACGGUGCACUACAUGCGGAUGACAUGUACAUUCAAAGAUUCGAGCAGCUACCAGCGGAUCCUUUGACUCGCUUUGUUCGUGCUACGAACGAGCAGGAGUCUGAACCGAAGGAGUUGCACGUGAAAGAACUGAAUGUCGAGCAGCUGUACUUUGAGCAAUUCAACGGAAUCCCUGCAGCAGAUCUAACGUAUAACGUUGACGGAAAAGUGCAGCUUGAUGAGGAGUUAGUUAUAGCAGGCGAUCUGUAUACGAACACUGUACUGUUGCCCGAAGGUGGAACGGUUAAUGGGGUCGAUUUGAGCGAAUCGUUAGUCUACUUCAACUGCAAGAACAGACGUUGGAAAAAUUUGACCCUAGACUCACUCGAAGCAAUCGAUGAUGUUCACAUCGCGAAGAAGGUUAACGGUGCGGAAAUUAAUUUGCAGCAGGCGGAGGUUUCAUUGAGAAAUGCUAUCGAUGAACAUGGACGCGUUUUGCGCACCAAAUCAUUGCAUAUCGAUGGAGAUAUUAGCUUUGAACGUAUUAACGGCGUACCGUGGCAGACGUUUUACGACGGGUUGGUACUUAAGAACCGUCCGAUGCGACUAGGACAUCUUCAUGUCGAAGGGAACGUCACAUUUGGAAGCAGUACAACGGUACAAUUCCUAAAUAGGUUACGCUUCCCGGAAGAUUACGUGUUGAGUUCGGGUCCCCGAGAGUCGAUAGUAACCGGCAUGAAACAUUUCCAAGGAUCGUUAACAAUGGAUGCGCUUGAUAUCGACGGUUUCGUGAACAACAUUAAUCCGUUCGACUUCAUUACGCUACACGAUGAUCAGUAUAUCCCCGGUAACGUGACGUUUGAUUCUCUGGAAAUCGAAGAGUCACUUGAAGUCCGUGGGGCAGUGCAUGGCAAGCAUAUGGAUAAGUUCCUGGACAAUCCUUCGUUGGUGCAGACGCGUGUACUAGAAGCUGCCUGUGAAUUUAGCGAUGUUGUAGUUCACGGACCAAUCUACGUGGAUCAGCUAGACGGGUACGAUUUGGAAGACUUUUUGAAGAGUGUGGUUUACGUGGAUGAACCGUACGUGGAGAUUAACGCAUCCAAACACUAUCGGAACCUUCAAUUCGUUGAGCCAAUCCAGGUGCAGUCAAAUAUGCUCGGUGAAAUACACCUCGAUGAGCUGCUCACGAAAAGCACCGAUCAGACGAUCAACUUAAGCAUGAUCAUAGGAAAUGUGUUCUUCAAUCGAGUGCAAGUGGAUGGCUUGUUCGGUGGAAUUAAUAUAACGGAAUGGGAUACGAAUUCAAUCAAAAUCUUCGGUGACCAGCAUACGGAAGCAACCCUUGAGUUCUGCCCUCAGUAUUCUUUGCUGUAUGCAAAGAACCUGGAGAUAAUGGGAACCAUUAACGGGCAACCACGCUCCAGGUUUUAUGACAUGGAUGAAGAAAUUGUCUUCCGCGAUCGCACUGUACACAUGAGUGAUGUUUAUGCAAACCACUUAUCGCUAAGCGAUAGUACAAUCGAUGGACCGUCUAAAAUGCUGAACGACAUCCACCUACCUACGUUUGACGCGAACAGGUUCAGUAUAAAUCAACCACAAACAUUCGAACAGGAUAUGUACGUAGACAUGCUAUACGUCAACAAAUCGCUUGCGACACGCUACCUAAAUGGGCACGAUGUAGCUAAACUACAGGAAAACGUAGAGACCUACUUAAACGAUGACUAUAUGCUUAGUGGAAAGCAUGUGAUUGACACUUUGCAGAUCGAUGGCAGCGUUGAAAUUGGUAUCCUUAAUGGGAUUGAUUUUGGCCGGUUUCUCGAUAACGUUAUUUGGUUAGACAAACCGAAUGUCGUGUCAAGCUUGUUACAGUUCGACCAACCCUUGUACGUCGACGGCGAUGUGACGGUAAAAGGAAUGUUAAACGAGAUACCAUUCCAGGAGUUCCUGCGUGACGUUGUGUACAAGAACGAUGCAGGUGUGGUGGAGUUCACAGGACCAAAGCUGUUCACGCAGGGAUUCGAUGUAACAGGAGAUCUGAAUACCCCUGUAAUCAACAACGUGCCUGUAAAAAACUUUAUCCUCAAAAACGAAUCGAUUGCUUUCCCUGGUGACGUCGUGACAAUGGGAAGAGUGUACGUUAAAGAGCUGGUCGUUAGUGGAACAGUCAACGGGCAGUCCUUCAAACCGGUGGAAUCCUACUAUGCAUACGACAAUAUCACCGACACGCACAUUAUCAAGGGUGAUCUUUAUCUGCAAGGUGUACAGAUGAUCCACACUCUGGAAGCACUGGGCGGUUGGAAUGAGCUGAUGAAUGUUUCGCAGAAGCUUACGUCUCUCAUUCGCACGAACGAAGAUUACUAUUUCAAAGGACAUUAUGUUUUCCAAGGCGAAGUUCAUUUCAAAAAAGGGUUUACUGUCGACUAUAUCAAUGGGUAUAAUGUAUCCAACGUACAUAACGAAAUAGUGUACUAUGAUCAACAGGAACCUAUCGUGUUUACCGAACCAGUAGAGUUCUUUGGAAAUGUUUGGGGUGGAACAGCACAAGUUAAAGGAGAUUUGAUAGGUAAAAAUCUUAUGGGACUCGAUCCGGAUGAGCUGGUCCAGCGAGCGCUGUUGGUAAAUAAAGAUUAUGAAAUUUUCGAUAAAAUGGUGUUUCUUCCGGAUGCAUUCAAAUGUGAUCACCUAACAGCAACGUAUAUUAACGGCCAAAAAACAAGCGAUCUCAUAACACUCCACACAGAACAAACGAUUGAUCAUCCGAUAUACGUCAAUCAAAUUGUCGUCAGCCAUCCCUUGGAGGUCCAGAGCCUUGUUAAUGGACGAGACCUUCGUGUGGAACGACAAAAUACAGUGAUGCGAUACGGUGAGCAGCUGAUUGAGGCCACUACUGUAUUCAACACGAUACGCGUAUUGGAUACUGUAACACUCCCGAAAAUUCUUAAUGGUGUUCCUUUUGGUCAACCCGUACAAUUGGCCAACGAUAUGGUCAUUUCAUCUCCGCUAAGCUUCUACCAGAUCUCCGCUGAUGAAGUAUACACUGAGGACACCAUCGGAGGUAUCGAUUUCAAUCGUUGGUACGAUCAAGCGCUUUGGACGGAUGGACGUGAUCAUCAGCAAUUUUUGGGCAAGCUACGAUCGCGUAAAAUCAUAUUCCGUGAUUCCAUCCUCGGUAACGGUACGAUCAAUGGGAUGACCAUAAAGGACAUUGUACGAAAGCUACAAUCAGAGAAGCACUUCGUUGAUGGCGAGCUUGCGAAAAGACGAGAUAGUUUUCGAGCAUCGUGCCGAGAAACGCAGGCCCUCAUCAAUGGAACAAGAGAAGGACUAUAUUUCUUCAACUAUUUCGUACAGCGGCAGACGAUCCGCGAAGAGAGUCCUCUUGAAUCGUUCUGGAUAUUUCAAUAUCAGGGAAAUCAUUUCCUUGGAAUUAAUUUCGGUUGUGAUAGCGCAUUCUACCAGUGGAACCCCCAGGAACGAAAGUACGUGCGAUUAUUCAAAGUUCACACGGGAUACGUUUUUGAGUGGCAGACGAUCGCCUCCGACGACGAAAAACUGUAUCUGGUAACGCGAUCUUCACCGACCAGUAAGUCCUGUAACGUUACAGGUUUAUCGAUCUUGCAAUUUAAAGGACUCGCGCUAGAAAUGGUGAAAAACUUCCCCGAGAAGGAUGUUGAUAGCAUAUUCGUGGAUCCAACGUUGGCUGAACGAUUCUACGUGUUGGAUCGGACAACUGUCAUAGAAUACGACGCGCAGGGCACGCUCCAUGAUGAGUGGGACUUGGCUCGAAUCUUUGAAUCGGCAGCGUUUUUACCGAACACAGUCGGUGUUGGAUUAGCUUUGUCCGAUGGUAAACGCAUCGCAGUAUUAUCACGAAAAGACCCCACCAGUGGAUUACGCAGGAAGCGUUCACACAAGGAUCCGCACGUGGAUAUGGCCCUGUUUUUGUCGCCUAUGAGCAUGUACGGUCAUAUGCAAAAGAACAGCUCAUAUUAUCGCACGGAUGAUACUCCUGAUGAGUACUCCCAUGACGUGGCUCUUCUCACGCAGCCUGAUGCGCUGAACGAGAUAGGAUCGAUUCAGGAGAGCAACGACACUGUCAUUCAUACACGCGAUACUUCGUCGAAUCUAUUGCCAUCGUUGAUAGAAGACCACACUGAGACUCGAAUUGCCAAAGAAGUGCCUAUGGGACGCAUCAGCAUAACGGAAAAUCACUACUUCCCAGAUCCUGCCCUGGGCGAGUUGCUUAGCUUCCACGUUGGAUUACACGGUGAACCUAGACGACAGCUGAUUGCCGUCACCGAAACGGUCCAAACGGUUAUCAAGGGCAACCAUGACUCGAUCCGCAUCUAUAGCGAUAUUCUGCAAGGCCACAUCUUCCAGAUCAUUGCCUGCCAACAACCGGCGCAGUUGGCCGUACUGGAAAUAAGAGAAGAAACGAUUCUGGCGUUUCUGGAGCAUCGGAAAAAGGUACAGCUGUACAGGUAUCGGGGCCGUAAAGGGUUCGUCCACUGGAACAGCUUCAAUCUGGCCUCGCCCGGAGUGCAGAUGGUAAGCGUUCAGCUGCCACAGGCACCGUUUUUUAAGUGUCCUUUGAACUACUUGGCCAUCGCACUGAGUAGCCAGGAGCUGAUGUUCCUUAAGGCUAAGACGCAGGGUGACUGCGGAAUCAACCUGCAACUGGAUUGCGGCGAUCGGUAG